ACAUUCAGUUUUCAAAUAUUUUUAACUCUAGCCAAAUAAAUUAGAGAAACCAUUUGAUUUUAAGCAUUCUUUAAAGUUCCAUCCCAUUUCUGCAGGAUGUUUCGUAAUCAGUACGACAGCGAUACGACGGUGUGGAGUCCGCAGGGUCGCCUCUUCCAGGUGGAGUACGCCAUGGAGGCGGUGAAGCAGGGAGCGGCCACGGUGGGCCUGAAGAGCGCUGACUUUGCAGUGCUCAUCGCCCUGUGCCGCUCGUCCAAGGACACGGAUACGCUCCAGAGGAAGAUCAUGCCGGUGGACGGGCACGUGGGCAUGUCCAUUGCCGGACUGACGGCGGAAGCUCGCCAGGUGUGCCAGUACAUGAGGACCGAGUGCAUGGCCUUCCGGCACUCCUACGACUCGGAGUUUCCGGUCCGCCGUCUGGUCGCCAAUCUGGGUAACAAGAUGCAGGCCACCACCCAGCGCUACGAUCGUCGUCCGUAUGGAGUGGGCAUGCUGGUGGCCGGCUACGAUGAGCAGGGAGCUCACAUCUACCAGGUAAUGCCGACGGCCAAUGUCCUCAAUUGCCGGGCAAUGGCCAUUGGAUCCCGUUCGCAGAGUGCCCGCACCUACUUGGAGCGGAACAUGGAGAGCUUUGAGGGCUGCGGCAAGGAUGAACUGAUCUGUCAUGGGAUUCAGGCCAUCAGGGGAUCCUUGGGCCAUGACAACACCGAAAACCUCUCGAUUAAUGUGGCCAUCGUGGGCAAGGAUUUGCCCUUCAAAAUAUUCACGGAUGCCGAGAACCAGAGCUAUCUGAAUAUGGUCAAGGUCUUGGAGCCGCCAUUUUCGGGGGAGCAGGAUGGGCUAUCAGAGGAGGGGAUGAGCGAUGAUGACCUGAUGGGCCAGGGUCCAAGUGGCAGUGGAAUUCCAGUGGAUAAUGAUGCUACUGAUGCCUCUACAGGUGGUCAUGAAGCCCUUUGA